CCUACCUGGCCUCUGGACCUCUGUCAGAUUUAGAGGAAAGAAGCAGUUCUCGGAGUUCCUGUCUCAGACAGCUCCGUCCCCUCCUGCCUGUCUCUGUAGAAGCGCAUCGGCCAUGAAUCCCGAUGGGAAGGCGAGUGUGGCUGCGGGAGAGAGGAAGGUACGACUCCUCUCCCUGCUGCUCAUCAGUGCCUGGGGCUGUGUGAUCUGUCAUGGAAAUCCUGUGGAUGACAUCUGCAUAGCGAAGCCCCGGGACAUCCCUGUGAAUCCCAUGUGCAUUUACCGCUCUCCAAGCAAGAAGGCAACUGAGGAGGAUGGCCAAGAGUCAAAGGUCCCGAAAAUCCCGGAGGCCACCAACCGUCGGGUCUGGGAACUGUCCAAGGCUAAUUCUCAAUUCGCCACCACCUUCUAUCAGCACCUCGCAGACUCCAAGAAUGACAAUGACAACAUUUUCUUGUCACCCUUGAGCAUCUCGACGGCUUUUGCUAUGACCAAGCUGGGUGCCUGUAAUGACACCCUCAAGCAGCUGAUGGAGGUUUUUAAAUUUGAUACCAUCUCGGAGAAAACAUCAGAUCAGAUCCACUUCUUCUUUGCCAAACUGAACUGUCGACUCUAUCGCAAAGCCAAUAAGUCCUCCAACUUGGUAGCGGCCAACCGCCUGUUUGGAGACAAGUCCCUUACCUUCAACGAGACCUACCAGGACAUUAGUGAGGUUGUCUAUGGAGCCAAGCUCAAGCCCCUGGACUUCAAGGAAAAUCCAGAGCAGUCCAGACUGACCAUCAACAACUGGAUAGCUAAUAAGACUGAAGGCCGCAUCAAAGACGUCAUCCCCCAGGGAGCCAUCGAUGAGCUCACAGCCCUGGUGCUGGUUAACACCAUUUACUUCAAGGGCCUGUGGAAGUCAAAAUUUAGCCCUGAGAACACAAGGGAGGAGUCAUUCUACAAGGCUGACGGGCAGUCAUGCCUAGUAUCUAUGAUGUACCAGGAAGGCAAAUUCAAGUACCGGCGUGUGGCAGAAGGCACCCAGGUGCUGGAGCUGCCCUUCAAGGGGGAUGACAUCACCAUGGUGCUCAUCCUUCCCAAGCCUGAAAAGAGCCUGGACAAGGUGGAGCGGGAACUCACCCCAGAGGUGCUGCAGGAGUGGCUGGACGAGCUGACGGAGACGCUGCUUGUGGUCCAUAUGCCCCGUUUCCGCAUUGAGGAUAGCUUCAGUCUGAAGGAGCAGCUGCAAGACAUGGGCCUCAUUGAUCUGUUCAGCCCUGAGAAGUCCCAACUCCCAGGAAUUGUUGCAGAAGGCAGGAAUGACCUCUAUGUGUCUGAUGCCUUCCACAAAGCAUUUCUUGAGGUGAAUGAGGAGGGCAGCGAGGCAGCAGCGAGCACUGCUGUCGUGAUUGCUGGCCGUUCACUGAACCCCAACAGGGUGACCUUCAAGGCCAACAGGCCCUUCCUGGUUCUCAUAAGGGAAGUUGCUCUGAAUACCAUUAUAUUCAUGGGGAGAGUGGCUAAUCCUUGUACGGGGGAACUAAAACGUUCUUAAUCUUUGCACCUUUCCCCAUUCUGGUGUUUGUCAUAGAAGUAAAAAUAAACACGACUGCCUCCUCACAA